AUGUCUUCAAUUACCGCACCCGGUGUCCCUCCGGUGGCCCUGGAUACCAUCACCCAGCACAUUGGCAACACCCCUCUGGUGCGCUUGAACCGCCUUCCGCAGAGCUUGGGGAUCGAGGCCAAGGUGUAUGCGAAGUUGGAAUAUUUCAAUGCCGGCGGUAGCGUUAAGGAUCGCAUUGCCCUGCGCAUGAUUGAGGAGGCAGAGCGGUCUGGGCGCAUCAAGCCCGGGGAUACCCUGAUCGAACCUACCAGUGGAAACACUGGUAUUGGUUUGGCUCUUGUUGCGGCCGUGAAAGGAUACAAGACGAUCAUCACUCUGCCGGAGAAGAUGUCUGCGGAGAAAGUCUCUGUACUACGGGCCUUGAACGCAACUAUCAUCCGUACCCCCAACGAAGCCGCAUACGACUCCCCCGAAUCCCACAUUGGCGUUGCUAAGCGUCUGGAGAAGGAGCUGCCGAACGCCCACAUUCUGGACCAGUAUGGGAACGUGAACAACCCCCUCGCCCACGAACUCGGCACGGCGGAAGAGAUCUGGACCCAAACCGAUGGGCAGAUCAAGGCCAUUAUUGCCGGCGCGGGAACCGGCGGCACUAUCACCGGUCUGGCGCGCGGCCUGAAGAAGCACAACCCGAAUGUUCAAGUCAUCGCGGCUGAUCCUCACGGUUCGAUUCUGGCUCUGCCGCCCACGUUGAACCAGGAGCAUGUCAACGACCCCUACAAGGUGGAAGGCAUUGGAUACGAUUUCAUUCCCGAAGUCCUUGACCAGAGUGCCGUCGAUAAGUGGUAUAAGACUGCCGACAAAGAAUCAUUCCAGUACUCUCGGCGUUUGAUCGCCGAGGAGGGUCUUCUUGUUGGCGGGAGCAGUGGAAGCGCGAUCUCGGCUUUGGUGCAAGCUGCGAAUGACUACAAGUUUACCAAAGAUGACGUUGUGGUGGUUGUCAUGCCCGAUAGCAUCCGUAGCUAUCUCACAAAGUUUGCCGACGACGACUGGCUUGCCGCAAAUGGCCUCCUCACCCCUCCCUCGGAGGAAGCUACCCCUCUUUCCCCGGCACUCCGGGCUCAAGACAAAAAAGAUCCUUUCGCUGGCUCGAAGGUCCGAUCCUUGCGGUUGAAGCCGAUCACCACCGUCCGCCCCGAUACGCCCUGCGAAACAGCGAUCGAAAUGAUGAGAGAUCGCGGAUUCGACCAACUACCCGUGCUCGCGCCGUCCGGAAAGAGACUCGCCGGCCUCGUCACCUUGGGUAAUGUCCUCAGUCGAGUCACCCACGGACGCGUAUCCGGAAAGAGCCCCGUCUCCGAUGCCAUGUUCAACUUCAACAAGAUUUCCGAGGUUGUUACGGACCCCAGAGACAUGGGACUGGCCAGUCCCAAGGCCAACGGCGACGGAAACGCAGCACCCAAAAUCAAGAAUCGGAAAUUCGUCGAGAUCACGAUGGAUACCCCGCUGAGCGCCUUGAACCGGUUCUUUGAGUGGAACAGUGCCGCUGUUAUCACUGAGAAGGACGAGCAGGGCAUCAUGAGACCGGUGGCUGUUGCCACCAAGGUUGAUCUGCUUACUUGGAUGCUCCACAACCAGAGCUCUAACUGA